CAACUCCAUUUUAAGUAUCAUCUAUUGGCAUAGCUGUAAUUUUACUUACAGAGCUUGUAGGGCUAGGUUAACUACAGAAUUACACCCUUAAAUAUUGGAACGUAAAGGUAGAACUGUCAAGAACAUUCGCAGUAAAUACGCGUCCUAAGAGGAGCAUAGCGCUUUCACUAGAUUGCACGUCAGCCAUGGCCGAUCUGGAUGAUGAUGCACCACCGCCGCUUUCCAGUCUAUCUGAGCAAGUAGAAGCAUUAAGACUCCGCGGACGUGGUGACGAAUCCACGUCUGGCCGGGUAACAGACCUGCCAGAUGAGGAGACCCUGCGAGUCGCCAACGUCGUCGUGAUGAAGGAAAAGCCUGGGACAGGUUCAACGGCCGCUCCUCCGAAACUUAAAAAGGGCUUCUUCGACGCAGCACCCAAACCACGAAGACCCAAACCGCCGGCAGCAGAACAAAAGUCCGCAAAGCCGUCAUCAGCGGUGGAGGAGAUCCCCAUGAUCCGCGCCAAGCAGCCGCACGCCGGCAGCGGCCCCGCCAUCCCCGACUUCCUGCGGGUUGAGCCUGACGAGUACGAGAAGCGCUAUGCGGCCGCAAAGGCCGACCUGCUUGACAAGCUGAAGCCCUCGCCGGACGUGGUGUCCAAGAUCGGUCAGGACCCGCAGCUGCUGGCGGGCUUUGACGACCCGGAGGUGAUGGCGGCAGUAAAUGACAUCGCGGCCAACCCCGGCAACUUCAAAAAGUAUAAGGACAAGCCCAAGGUUCUUGCGUUCUACGCGGCCAUGGGCAAGCUCAUGGGAGAGAAGUUGGAAAAUGAGAAACAAAAGCAGCCAAAGCCGUCCUGAGACUGCUUGAGUGUAGCUACAUGUCAC